CGUCUGCGCAUGCGCCUGCGGCCGCUGCGGGUUUUGCGCACGGGGACGCGACAGCAGCGGAGGAAUCCAUAGCAACGGCGGAUAAACAUGAGUUACUACAGCAGAGCCUCCAGUUCUUCCAGCUUCGCGUCCAGCGCCAUGACCAGUACGCUGGAGGACGACAGUCUGAACCUCAGACAGCAGAAACUGGAGAAACAGAGGGCGCUGCUGGAGCAGAAGCAGCGUCGAAAGCGUCAGGAACCGCUGAUGGUCCAGCCGAACUCAGAGGGACGUCCCCGGCGCUCGCGUCCCCGCCGAAGUGAAGAACAAGCCCCGCUCGUGGAGACACACCUCAGCACCGCCAGUGACAUCAUCCUAGACGGCAUCGACGGCCCCGCGGCUCUGCUGGGGUCAGAAGCUCCAGAUCUGUGCAGUAAGAUCCAGGUUCAGUCGAUCAGUCCACCGCAGGAGACCUCGCCGCCCGCCGCAGACGAGCCAGAGACAGACGCAGACACACACACACUGCUGGAGCCCAAACCUGACAUACACACACUGCUGCAGAGGAGCGGACUGUCCGGCAGCAUGAACUACGACGAGGCCAGCGAGGAAGACGAUGAUGAAGCUGAGGAGCGAAGCCGAUCGCUGUCGCCGAACACAGAGAGCACUCGUCCUGCGUCGGCCUCCAGCAGCAAAUCCACCACGGAGUGUGUCCUGCUGGGUUCUCCGUCGGCUGAGGGCUCCUCCAUUGAGGUGGAUAAUCUGGAGGAGUUUGUGCUCCGUCCGGCUCCGAGGGGGGUCACCGUCAAGUGCCGCAUCUCACGAGACAAGAAGGGCAUGGAUCGCGGUCUCUAUCCCACGUAUUAUAUGCAUCUGGAGAGAGAAGACGGCAAGAAGGUGUUCUUACUGGCUGGACGCAAGAGGAAAAAGAGCAAAACAUCCAACUAUCUGAUCUCUGUGGACGCCACAGAUCUGUCCCGUGAGGGCGAGAGCUUCAUAGGAAAACUGAGGUCGAAUCUGAUGGGAACCAAGUUUACGGUGUACGAUAACGGCACGAAUCCCACGAAAACCCCCGGGGCGCUGCUGGAGGAGACCAACACUCGGCAGGAGCUCGCCGCCAUCUGCUACGAGACCAAUGUUCUGGGCUUCAAAGGGCCACGGAAGAUGACCGUCAUCAUUCCUGGGAUGAACAUGAACUUCGAGCGUGUUCCGGUUCGUCCGGCGUGUGAGCAGGAGUCUCUGCUGAGUAAAUGGCAGAAUCACUCGCUGGAGAAUCUGAUCGAGCUGCACAAUAAAGCGCCGGUGUGGAACGACGACACACAGUCUUACGUGCUCAACUUCCACGGCAGAGUCACGCAGGCCUCCGUCAAGAACUUCCAGAUCGUGCACGAUAACGACCCUGACUACAUCGUGAUGCAGUUUGGUCGUGUGGCGGAGGACAUCUUCACUCUGGACUUUAACUACCCCAUGUGUGCCCUGCAGGCCUUUGCUAUCGGCCUGUCCAGCUUCGACAGCAAACUGGCCUGCGAGUGACCAUGACACACACACACACACACACACACACACUCAGGACACUAAAGCGCAGUCGUCCUCAGGAAGAGGACUUGUGCUGUAUCACAAUAAUUACAAACAAAAGGACCAAAUUAAUUGUUUUAUAAAUGAAACACAUCGAAUCAUUUAACCUUCUACUACCUAGAAUAACUGACAAGAUGAUCCUGCAAGUUUGUUUUCUGCAGAAAAAGAAGAUACGCAGGAUUAAUGCUUUAAUGGACCCAUAGAAAAGAGACUGAAAUGGAGAGAUUUUAUUUAAGCUUUUUAUGAUGUCUGAGGGAUUUGAAGAGUAUUAAGAACAUUUUGGGGUCAGAACUUUAUUGAAGCUUGUUUCUGCCACGGGAUAAAAAAAAAAAAACUUAACUGUUACUGUUUUUCUCACAGUUGUGAGAUUAUAUCUCAUAAAUCAACAUUAAUGUCUCACAAUUAUGAGUUUAUAUCAUGCAAUUUUGUAUUUAUAGCUUGCAAUCCUGCCCUUAUAUCUCACAUUGUUUAUAUCUCACUAUUCUGCAUUUAUAUCGCAAUUCUGAUUAUUUUACACACUUCUGAUUUUAUAUCUCACAAUUCUGUGUAUAUAUCAUAAAUCAGAUUUUAAUUUCUCACAACUGAAAUGGUCACAAUGACUUAUUUUUGAUCUCGUGAAAACAAGCUUCCAUAGACUUGACCGCUGAAAUUAAAAAACGAUAUAUAUUUUGCAUUAAAAAAAUACAAAUAAAUAACAAAUCAUGUAAAAGAGCAAUUGGGAAUUACAAUAAAUUAUACAUAUCCAUUAUGGUAGUGAAAAUGUUCAUGUUUAAAAAUAUGCUUUUUUUUUUUUCUUCAGGUACAGUGUGUUUUCUUUUUUUUUUGUUAUUAAUAAGGUGAUAUGUGUCCUAGAUGUAUCUUCAUGAGUUUUACAUUUUUUAUUUGGACGACUAUGUAUUUUUUGCAUUCUGCAUGUUGAAAUAUGACAUUUUUAUCACUUGUUUUUAAACGUGGUCCGUUAUUUGUCUUUUCACUAGUCUUUGCUCACCAUAAGUCCCUGAGGAAACACACUGCAUGUUACUGAACGCGGAGAAGCGCUGGAUGGAGAAAAAGGGAAGCUCAAGCACAUUUGGUUUCCUGUUGAUAUGUUUGAUGUGUGUUAAUAUUCAUCCUAUGUUGCGUGUCUGUCAACCAAGAGUAUACUGACAUUUUAUAUAUAUGUGUAUAUAUAUAUAUUAAAAAAGCAAAACAAUUUUGUUUUCAUUUUAAACCAAUAACCUGUUUGCACAAACUGUAUUUUAUGAUGACACUGUUGGUAGAAAUGCUGUAAUUAAAAGUCAGAAAUAUGGAAAA